GUCGCUUAUCACCUUCCACAGUCUUUGAUGUCCGUCUGCGAAGUACAGAACACAGGCAGCGAGCGGGUUAUUAGCCACAAAUGGUGGGGGCUGCUUCUCUGUGUUGCAACCAAGCACCGCCUUCAUUUUACACUCACCACAGUCCUCCACGCUACACACACGUAUACACACACACGCGCGCGCACACACACCGUGGAUGAGAGCAAGAAAAGGCUAACAAUGAGUGGUCUGCAUCUGGUCGCCGCCGUUCAUUUGAGAGGGUAGUCGCGGAGGCGUGCGUUCAGCGUGCAGUCCGUAAGAGCUCGACGAACAAUCGCAGAAUGCAUCUGUAUUUCCGAGGACCAUGAAAGCGCUGGGAUUUCGCAGGGUCUCGCAGUUUCCUGGAAAAUAAAUGGACUUCAAGAAGUAGGAUUUCUAGUUGUGGGCCCAUCCUGACCUCGCCUCUGCAGUUCCCCGACCGCCCGGGAUCUGAGGGGGCCCCGCGAUGAAGUCCAUCAUGAAGCAAUGGAAGCAGCUGGUCCUGGUCGGGAUGCUGGCCUGGGUCGUUCUGUUCCUGGCCCUGUUCACCUACUUCAUGGAUGCACGUGCAGACGAGCCCCGCGCCUCCGCUGCGCUGUCCCACACUGAGACCCGCCGCCUUGCCUCCAUCCAGGGCAUCAACCGAGCCAUCAUGGGGUCGCGGCCGGAGGCCACCACCGCUGCUGCCCAGGAUCUGGGCCGUGAGGGCGGGGACAUGGACGGGGGGCCCUAUACCAGCCAGGAGGCAGUCGGUGGAGGGACAUACCUCGACCCCCAGACCCUGGCAGCGUGGUCUGCCUUCGGGAACGAGGUGGUUGACCCGAGGGACCCGAGGGACCCGAGGGGGGUUCGGACCCGAGACAGGGCCGUGGGAAACAUCGCUGGCCAGGAGGAAGAGGAGGAGGGAGAGGAGGAGGACGAACGGGAGGAAGAGGAAGACGAGGGAGGCGCGAGGAAGACGGGCUGGGAUGACGUGGAUGAGCUGGAGGAGUACUACUUCUCCAAAUCCAAGUCGGUGAUCCACGGGCUGUGGAAGGGCGAGGUGUCGGCCAGCAUGCUGAGCCCACGGCUGCAGAAGGCCAUGAAGGAGUACAUGAACGCCAACAAGCACCGCGUGGCCUACGGGGGGCGCCGCAGGGCUCGGCAGAGCGGGAGGGAGGUGCUGUGCGAGCUGAAGAAGCAGGUGCAGGUUCGGGCGCUGGACGGGACCGAGCCGCCCUUCUCCAGGCUCGGCUGGGCAAAGCUGGUCCCUCCGCGGCCCCUGGACCGGCUCUACGGGGAGAGCUUCAGGACCUGUGCCGUGGUCACAUCCGCCGGGGCCAUCCUCAACUCCUCCCUGGGGAAGGAGAUCGAUUCCCAUGAUGCAGUGCUCCGCUUCAAUGCCGCGCCCACAGAGGGUUAUGAGAAUGAUGUUGGGAACAAAACCACCAUUCGCAUAAUCAACUCUCAGAUACUGGCAAACCCCAAACACCAGUUCAACACCAGCUCUCUGUACAAAGAUAUCAUCUUGGUGGCCUGGGAUCCAGCACCAUAUGCUGUAAACCUGCUGAAGUGGUACAAGAGCCCGGACUAUGACCUGUUCACUCCAUACAUGGAGCACCGCCUGCAGCACCCUAAGCAGCCUUUCUACAUCCUGCACCCCAAGUUCAUCUGGCAGCUGUGGGACGUCAUCCAGGGGAACACACAGGAGAACAUCCAGCCCAACCCGCCCUCCUCCGGCUUUAUCGGAAUCAUGCUGAUGAUGGCGCUGUGCGAGGAGGUGCACGUGUACGAGUACAUCCCCUCGCUGCGGCAGACAGACCUGUGCCACUACCACGAGCACUACUACGACGCGGCCUGCACGCUGGGCGCCUACCACCCGCUGCUGUACGAGAAGAUGCUGAUCCAGCGCAUGAACACGGGCCCCGAGCGCGACCUCAAGCGCAAGGGCAAGGUCACGCUGCCGGGGUUCAGCUCCGUCAGCUGUGACCCAUGACCCCCGACCCCGGGAGUCUCGCUGAGGGAGUCCAGAAAACAAUGCGAUAACCGCGUCUGUCCCACCAGAUGGGAGGCGGGUGGGCAGGGGUGGUUUUAUGGGUAGGGGGUGGGUGCGUGUGCACUGUUGACAGGUUGGCACCACACCCACAGUCGUGACCAUUCGAUCCGGUCUGGUUGGUGGUGGUGACCUACCAAGUCCCCCCUCCUUUCAAAAGAAAAUUCACGUGGAAUGAAAAAACAUGGGUCCCCCAACACAGUGAAAUAGCUUGAAGUCAUUUAAUUCUGCGUUCGCUGAGCCUAAAAAAUGUAUACUGCUGGUGAAGAUAGCAAUAGUGCAAACACUGUUAGGGAAGUAUUUGCAAUGUAUCUGGAAAAGGCCAGCUGUACUUUUUAUGAGAUAGUGAGCUGCUUCGUUGAGGCUGACUCCCUUUUUCAGAUACAUUUUGCUUUGAAGAUUCACGCAGAUUUUAUAGGGGAAGGGGGAGCUUAAGAUUUGAGUUGUUUUUCCACACUGAAUGUAACAAAACACUUCUGUAUAGCCACACACUCGGACAUCACCAGACAGAAUUUUGAUAUAUUUUAAGCCAGGUGUCCUCAAAUAGCUGGAUGUACAUGUUUACAUACAGUUAACUUCAUGUUUUAAGAGUUUUGACCAAAUGUUUUCUGUUUGUGAUCAGUGCUACCAUAAGGUCUUGCAAAAAUCAUUAUAAUGUACAUACUCAGUCCUUUGGUUGGUUUUCAUUUCAGUGUGUAGCUAUGAGAAGUCUUAUUUGCAUAAUGUCUGCCAAUGUGCACCAGCUCUUCUUCACAGUGCUUUCAGCAUGUGGUUUUGGGGCCAUACAGACUGCUGGAUUUUUUUUAAAACUCCUUGCAAUAGUAAUGCUUCUGUUUUGUGUUGUCAGAAGAGUCCUAAGAGGUCAUUGGUCCCUAGACAGUCAGGUGAUCUGACUGAGGCAGCCAAUCGGAUGAAUUUGCUGUUGAGUAUUACUGUAUGUGGGGCUUUUGUGUCUAAAAAAAAUGUCAUGUUCAUUUUGGAAUGUCCCCCUGUGCCCUGUGAAGGGCGCUGAGGAUGGUUCUUGAAAAUCAAAUCUUUUUAAUGAUCUUUAAAGCAUGUAGCUAAAAUUGUGAAUUUCUUAGGGCACAAGUAGGUACAUAUUUGGUACUUGAUAUGUCCAACCGAUAGUAUAUAAGACUGUGACUUUCUUUAAUUUCAUAGACAACCCUCAGUAUGCAAAUUCAGCCCUUCUGUGAGUCGUGAGUGUAUGUCUGAUUCAGAGAGGAAAGACACAGCCCUGAGUCUCCCUGAAAGCUCUGGCAUGUUGUACAUAGUUAGGUUCUGAACCAUGUUAGGGUGUAUGAAUUUGCAGUUAAGAUGAGAUGCUUGUGCUUGUAUUUCAGCAGUAACAAAAAUGUUGCAUGGCACUCGGGCAGACAGUAGGAACUGGUGUUUGGUAUAAUAAUAUAUUGUUCUACCCUUUGGAGAGGUGCAUUUUCAGGCUGUGCCCUGCUGAUUUUCAGCCAUGUUUUUGGCAAAUGGGAGGGGUGAACUGCAUGAUGGGCGGCGUGUCGAGAGCCAAUGAAUUGGACCUGUUUUGAAAAGAAAAAGGAUCUUUGAUUGGUUUACGUCAGAUGGCAUGCAGUAGCUCCACCCUAUUGUGGGGUUUGUGAAGCCCUCCCUCUCCAAUCAGGACUAUACUUCCCACUCCUGCACCUUGGUUUUGCCAAGAGGUCAUACUUUUAAAAACAGGAAUUCUACAGCAUGAGCCAAGGGUGACAUUUUUGUUCAUUUUUUUCCACUGCAACUUGACCAUAUUUUGGUUCACAUUCUUGAAAUAUGGCACCAACAUGCCUUUCCACACGGGCAUUAUGGACACCGGGAAGCAACAGGAAGGAUGCAACACUAUGAGGACUGUGCUUGAGUUUGGAUCAGACUCACUGGACGUUUGUGAGAUUGAUAAGUUUGUAAAACUGGAUGUUAAAGUUUUGAGUGUCUUGUUCCCUCUUUCCUCAGCUCUCGGGGUAGGGUCCCUUAAAAAGAUGUUCUGUGGGAUGACUGGAAUGACUGGCAAAUUAGCCAUAUCCUGCAUAGAACAUUUUUUGUAAGGGAAUAUCCACCUACACUGACUUACCCACCCCUCUCUCUCUCUCUCUCUCUCUCUCUCUCUCUGGUCUUUAUAAUCCUCCAGAAUUUAUCUGUACUGAGCCUUUAUUCUUGCAAGCUUUAUGAUGUCACUUCCUGUCACACAUCCAUUCCUCGAUGUUGUAACGGCCAAGACAAGCCCACUAGUUUGACAGUGAAGGUUUGACUUAUUUUUUUCUGCAGUGUGAGAUAUGCAGUGUUACGGCGCAUUAAUUUAAAAUUAUGCAGUAGUGAAGAUGUUGCAGAUCCACAGGGAAAUGGGGGCAACUGUGUCAAGAGUGACAAGCUGAAUGUUUUGUUAUCAUUUAUAAACCUUUUAAUGAGAUGAGAGAGAAACUGAACAGACCUUUCUUUUGGAAGAUCAAAUCAGACAUGUUUUUAACAGAAAUGAAGGGGCCUGCACAAGUGUGAAUUUUAACCUUUAUUUAUACUAGAUAUUUCAGACAUCAGUUUGGUGAUGGAGGAAUUAUUCAUCCUAACAUGUGUUCGUACAUGUAGGGUAUUCAGACUGAGAAAACAGCAGGCUGCACAAAAGAAAAUGGAUAUACACACAAAAAUCAAACCAUGUCAGUGUGUGUACUUUUUUGCGGUCCCGUCUUAGAAAUUCAGCCGGACCAUUCCCUUUUCCUCUUUAAUGUAAGACUUGUAAACUGUAAUUGUGAUAAUUGAUUGUCUCGCAAGUUAGGUGCAGCACAAUCUAGCAUUUUUCUCAGUGUUUUAUGUAAAUUACACACACUGUGCUGGUCAGGGCAUCAUUUUUUCCUGCUUACCAGCGCUCAGUUAGUGCAAUUUCAGGAUCGAUUGUCAGUCAAAAAUAUGUACUGGUCUGAUGCUCAUUUUUCAACGAAACCACACUGUAAAUAAACCACAUCUCCCUCGCUAGUGUUUGCUUAGGGAAGUCAGGGAGUCUGGAAUACAAUGCAAUGGCAAAUUGUUUUUAAAAGCACUUAGGAAAAUUUCAAGGCCUUUUGCUAUGAUGGUAGAAUCUUGAUACUGUGCCAAAUCUGUUUUUUUUUGGUAGGUGCUUUUGUGUUGUAGUACUGGUUAAAGGAGACCUAGGCUCCUCGAAGUGUUGGAAAUACAGAUUUCUCCACCAGAUACAUGUCUUUUGUACUGUAAAACUGGCAAACACACCUUUGCUUGGUGCAUGACACAAUGCACCGUUCAUUUAGUGAUGUUCACUACCUGAUUUUUUUUGUCUUAUGUAUAAUGAAUUUGGUGCACUAAAGAGACAGCUUUUGAAAUGUUACACUCGAAUCAAUUUUACUAUCUGUGCACGUUCAUACUGCCUUAAAUAUUGGCAAGUAUAAGGGUAGAUAAAUUAUAGUACUAAAGGAGACUAUUCAAU